AUGGAUAAAGAAGUAGAUCACGUUAAAUUGGGGGAAAAUGUAACAAAAGGCCAACAAAUUAUGAAUAACUUAACAGUUGAUAAACACGUAACUGAUGAAGAAUUUCAGAACUUCAUGAUCCGCGUUACUGAAGUCGAAAAAAUUGUGAAAAAAUUGGCAUCCUCGGAUCCUGAGGAACAAAAACAUGGACAAAUAUUGGCCGAUGAAAUUUUAGAAAAACGACCAGGAAGAAAUGUUUGCGAAAAUACUGGGUUGAAAGUAAAAACUAAUCGUACAGUGAUUAACAAAUGUUCGAUUAAUGAAAAUUCUACCGACGAACAAAUGUCCAAAGAAGCGUUUAUGAAAAGUGUGGAGAAAGAUGCGAAAGAAAGGGCGGAGAACCGAAAGAUUAGGAAUGAACGAGCAGAAACAUUGAAAAUGAUUGGUAAUGGGGCAUUUAGGGAGAAAAAUUACGAAAAAGCGGUAACAUAUUAUAGUAAAGCACUUGAACAACGAAAAGAUUCGACUGUGUUAUGGAAUAACAGGGCUUUAUCAUAUAUUCAACUUGGAUUAUUUGAGAAAGCCUUAGCCGAUUGCGAAUGGGCACUAAAAGUUAGCAACACGAAUUUGAAAGCCCUUUUAAAUAGCGCUAAGUGUUACAAACAACUUGGAAACGAAAUAAAAUACAAAGAACAUAUUCAAUUAGCAAAAGAAAGAAAUCCACACUUUGAUAAGUUUAUUAAUGGUAUACUUAAUGUAUUUUUACAUUGGAAACAUUUCUAUCAUAACUAA